AACUGUUUGCUGCACAUUUAGAAGUAAAAGAUUGCUUUAAAAGCCGAUAACCAGGCGCUAAGACAAAUUCAGCACAAUCCGCGCGAAAUUACACACCACCAAUUUGGAGGCUUCCUGAAAUAUUUCAGCCCAUGCACAGCUGACAUUGGCCAUGAAAUAAACUGGUUUUGCGCACACACACGCACUCCUCCAGUUCCAGUUGAUUUCUGCCCGAACGGGAAAUGCAGAAAAGUGGAAAAUUGGUGAAAACAUAUGAAGAAUGGUUGCUGUAAACAAACAUGUUACAGCACAAGUUGCAAAUAAACACGGCAUUUUGACUAAAUUUAUGGUUGGCUUAUAAAAGCCACGCAGCUAAAGACUUGCGCUGUUAAAUAAGCCAUGAAGGCCGUCAUGAGCGUUAUUAAGCGAUUGUCAGCGAAGAAAGUGCAGUGAUAUAAAGACGCUAAGAGCAUACAUAUGUAUACUAUAUAUAAACCAGAAAAAUAUAUAUUACAAAAACUACAAUUGUUAGUGGAUAAACCGAAAUAUGCUGCGUGACGUGCUCACCUUGCAUAGAUCCACUUGGAUCGCACAAAAAAGGCAGACACUACUAUUCACGCUCUUAAUGUUCUACAUCAUCACACUGUCAGAUGCGCAUCCUGUCUCCAUACCGGAAAUAAAUGGCAAAUCCGGUAAAAAUAUUGCCGUUUCAUCUUCAAAUCCCACAUUGCUGAUCAAGCCGAGCCCACAGGACGCCCAAUUGAACUCGUUAAAUGCCUAUGCCACCAACUACGGACACUUUGCUGCACAAUUCUCUAACAAUGCCGCGCAAGGUGGCAACACUAACGUGCACACAGAUGGCAGCACGACCGGUAACACAAAUACCAACCAUUUUAAGGCAUCUUUCAAAUUGCCCGAGGUGGAGAAUAAUUUUACACCAAUCCAAACAUAUAAUAACGGUAAUAGCAUGCCGCAUGCGGCGCCUUUAACCGCAAUUGCCGCGACGCCGAAUGUCAACAGCAUUGCCAACAAUAACGCACCACAAGCCACACCCGUUAUAAUGCAAUACCUGCCACAUGUAAUGCCGGAAACAGGCGUACAAUAUCUGCAAUUGAUACCGACGCGUCCGCUUAUUGUGCCCAUAAGUCCGUACUUAAACGGCAAUGCGCCGCCUGCGGCAGCACAAAAUGCCGCCAAUGCUGCAGCGCAUGCGCUACACCCACCAUUAGCGGCCGCCAUCAAUGCUGCACCAAUGGACUAUGGCGUCCGUUCACCGCCAAUAUUGGCCGCCGAGCCCAUUAAUAGUCAACAGCAUGUUGCCGCGACUGCCGCUUUGAUAGAUAUGUCGAAUGCAGCGCCGCCGCCGCCGCCAUACGGUAUACAUACAUACGCCAAUGCCUUACAGCCGUAUCGCAGCAGCUAUCGUAUAAAUCGUGAAGCGAAGGGUAAGAAUUUUCCCAGCACAUUGUCACUCAAUAUGAACGAAUACAUACCGGGCCCCAAUGAGACACUGCGACCGCUAUAUAUGCGCGGCAGACCGUGAAUUUGUUGGAUGUUGAAUAACGAUUAUUUUGUUGAAAAAAAUAAGGAAUA